AAAAAUAAAUAAAUAAAUAAAUAAAACACAACUCAUGCAAAACGCAUGUCGUUUUGUUUAGGGUUCGCAGCUUCGUCUCCUUGGCCCGUUUCCCUUGAGAAAGCAGUACUCAUCAGUCAUCAGGUUCGUAUUCAUGGAAGAACGAACAUCGAACUCACCCUUACCAGAUGCAUUCGUUGAUUUUCUUGACGCAAAUGGACUCGACCCUUCAAUCUAUUCUGCCUCUGAUUUAACUCCUCGUUACAUAAGGUUGAAACCAGGUUGUGAAUCUCAACUUGAGGAGAUUGAAGCUGAGAUGGGCUGUAAGGUUGAGAAAGUGUUUUGGUUGCCUGGUUUCUAUUCUCUUCCUCCAAAUGUUCAAAUCGCUAACUCAAAGGCAUACCGUGAAGGAAAGAUAUAUGGGAUUGAUGCAGCUUCUGGGGCUGCUGUUUCAGCUUUAAAUAUUUCAGCUGGAGAUCAUGUUCUUGAUCUAUGUGCUGCUCCUGGUGCUAAGCUUUGCAUGAUAUUAGACCUUCUUGGUGACUUGGGUACUGUAACUGGUGUUGAUGUCGCAAGGCACCGUCUAGCGGCUUGUAGGACAAUGGUUCAGAAAUAUGAAUUGGGUGACCAUUGCCGACUUCUUGUUGCUGAUGGAACAACUUUUUCUCUAUUUCCUACCAGGAAUUAUUCAGAUUCUAAAUCAUGUGAAUCUGUGUUAAUAGGAGAUGUCGAAAGGUUUAAAGAGUGGAGGUCUAGGAGAACAUGGAAGGAGAGGAAAAAAGCAGCUAGAGACAGAGAGAAUGCUCAUAUGAAUCCUGGAAUUCAGGAGCCCGAGUUACUCUUUUAUGGAAAACAUGCUGGUGUGGUUGGUUUAAGUGAAGAUGAAUUGUAUAAAACUGUUUCUAACAGUGAGUUGUUGAGCUGCGGCUAUGACAAGGUGCUAGUAGAUGCAGAGUGUACUCAUGACGGAUCAAUUAAACAUAUUCAAAAAUUUGAACAUUGGGGUUGGAAAACUCUUCAACGUCGAGUGUUGGAUGCAGAAAGAACCGAUAGUUUGACUGUGCUUCAGUUAAAACUCUUGAGCAAUGGUUUUAGGUUGCUAAAAGUUGGCGGGCUGCUUGUCUACAGUACUUGCAGCUUGACAAUUGCUCAGAACGAAGAAGUGGUUGCACAAUUUCUGAAGGAGAAUGGUUCUGCCGAGUUGCAGGAGAUCAGUGGAGCCGAAAGUUGGCCUUGUAGAAGUGGAGGGAUACUGAAAACUUUGCGCUUUGAUCCCUUGACAUCACAAACAAGUGGACUUUUUGUAGCUAUGAUCAGAAAAAUAGUCACCUGAUAUAAUCCAAUGUUUAUUUAGGGGCUGUAAUUUUAGGCCUAACAGAUUACCUCCAAAUAAUUAGAUUGGGCUCUUUGUAAUUUUUUUUAGGGAUUAUUUCACAAAACCAUAAAAACAACAAAAAAUUAUAAAAAUAUUGUGUUGCGGAAUUUUAAACAUUUUUAUAAUUUUUUUUAAUUUUAUUUACAGAAAAUACGGUCUUUUUAUGUUGUAAUCUUGUUGAUUUUUUGUUAUCUGUAUAUUAUUUUUUGUUGUUAUUUUGAUGUUAUUUUCAUAUUA